UGCUUUUGCUUAUUCCAAAAGAAAAUCCCGCCGCGUACGCUCGCGUGCAAGACUAACGUUCACCGCCAAUUGCAUUGCAUUCACAUCGCAUUGUUGAAUGUUCUCGCGUGUUGUGUUCGGAAUAAAUAUAAGCAUUGCUCAGCGAAUACAUAUAAACAGCCAACCAUGUGUGGAUAGGACGUGAGCACUGCUGUUAAUAGUGUACCCAAACUGGGAAAGCGUGUGGAUAAUUUCAAUUUGAGUGCCAGUGUUUUGAAUACCAGCAAUGCCGGGCCACGUGAACAGUCCAUACUGGGCGGCAGUGGAUUUCGACAGCGAAGGGGAUGAAGAAAAGACUCCUCCACCAAGUAAUCGAGUGUAUUUAGAUCCGUGGGAUAACGAUGCUUUCGGGAUGUUGCAGGGAGAGUCUCCGGACUCCAGUCAAGAGCAAAUGAAUUCCUUCGCCGGGGAGCCGGUUAGCGCCAGCUUCUACUAUGUGCCAACUAAGACUUAUGAUUCCGGAGAGGAGCCGAAACCGCACAAGCGCAGUUCGUACGCAGAGGAUGUGACAGCAGAGUAUCCUGUUUACGGGCGGAGGAUGUCCAGACACAUUCCUGAUUACAACGAUAUGCCAGCUUAUGCUCACAGACCAAUGCCGGAACGAAGAAGGUCAAUGUACAUCGAGGAGCCAGUAUACGUGCCGAUGGUGAACCCUAUGGUAUACGAAAGUCUCUACGGGCCAGUGCCGAUGCCCAAUCCGUAUAUACAACCUCCGAGGCCGAGGGUGUCGCUUCAACACCAGCCUGACUACGUAAUGGCGAAUGGUUACGGCAAGCAACGGAGACAAUCCAGAUUGACAGAAGCGUACGAGCAAUACGCGUACGAAACUCUGUCACCGGAAUACGAAGACUGGGCGCGACCAAUGCCGAAAUCAGUUCCUGAUAAUUUCCAUCUGUCACGAUAUGGGCACCUACAAAUUGAUUACUCUUGCAGCUGGAACUCUCUGGAUAGAAUUAUUCGGAACCAACAAUAAUAAUCCAUACUUACUAUAAUUAACCGGCUGGUGGCACUGUUACCACCCUACUGGCAAAGACGUACCGCCAAGCGAUUUUGCGUUCCGGUGCGAUGACGUGUAGAAACCGGAAGUGGGUUUUAAUCCUACUUCUUACAAGCUAGCCAUCUAGGAUUGCAUCAUUACUUUCCAUCAGGUGAGAUUGUUAUCAAGGGCAAACUUGUAAAGAAUAUUAAAUACUACCUACAAUUAAUAUUUACCUAUAACACAAAUAGAUAUAUACCUACCAUGUAUUUUUAGUUUCUGCACUUCCUGGGAAAACUACUCAUUAUAUAUAUAUAUAGAUAGAAUAUUAAGGUACGAAUGCUCAAAUUAAUUUCGCAUAGUGAUACGUCUGAAUGAAAUUAAGGCAAUUGGUGACUUGUCGCCUCAGUUUCGAAGCGCUAGUGCUACUUGUACAUCUAAUAGUAUAAAAUCAUUGAUGAAAUCACUUUAACAAAAAUAUUCUGUAUUUUUAUUUUUUUUUAUAUUUUCUGAAUUUAUCUUUGACCGCCAAAUUUACCUAAUUUAAAUCAUCUUCGUAUUUGCUAUUGCAUGUAUAGUUGUAAUUCAGAAUGUUAUAAAAUAAUUAUUAACGAAGGCUGUACUCCUAUGAUUUUGCAAAUAUAGUUAUUGAGUUAUUGAACAACUGUUGUAUUUAUGUAAGUAAUAGAAUUGAAUGCAUUGUAUGUAAGAAUAAUCUGUAUUUCCUUUAAGUAAGUCAAGGAAUUAUGAGAUUUUAGAGUUACUAAGUAGUGUAACAAAGGUGUGUAACUUCAUAAUUUUAUAUUAUGUUUUUAUUAGUAUUACCGAAGAAAUCGUAGCAUGCACAUUAUCUUUAUCAGGCUAAGCAAAUGGAAAAUGCUUCUAAUUAUGUAUACGCUAAGAUUUAAUAAAAGUUGUAAUGAAUUGAAACGUUAAAUCUAUAGUUAAAUUGAUUGUUUAUGGUCCUGGUGAGUGCAAGCCAAAUAAUUUCUUUCAACGAAUUAAUUAAUUAAGUAUUAAAUAAUAGAUACUAUAUAUUAAAUAACAUUAAGAUAUUCAAAAAUUAUAUAAAGAGAAGUUUCCUCACUAUGUACUUAUCAUCAUAUUUUAGAGUUAAUGUAAAUCUUUUAUUGAUAGUUUUAAUGUAAAUCUAUUAUUAUCUCAUCUUUUAAAAUUAAUGCUAUGGCCAAAGAUAAUAAAAUAUGAUUGUUUGAAA